AUGGCCUCUACCUCGCUCUACCAGCCCCCGAUAAGUAGCGUCGCUGCUGCCAACAUCUUUGGCCCCCCUCAGCGCUCAAAUUCGCCUGCUGUGGGUGGCCGCCGCAAGGUUGCUGCCUCUGCUGCUGCUGUCCCUGCAAAGCCAGCGCCCGUCGUUGUUGCGCCUACGGUCAAAGCAACCGGCGACCUCUUCUACGGUUAUGAAGAUCUCUCCAAGAUGUGCGGACGCUUCAUUGGAGCUCUCUUUUCAUGCCCCAAUGUUCCUAUGUUUGCUGGUGCCUCGAUGUCGGGUACCAGCAAUGGAUCGUGCCCGCCGCUCGCGCACUUUAUCGCAUAUGCGAUCCAUCGCACCCGAUUACCCGAGGUGGUUGUCUUUACUGCACUCUUCCUCCUUGCAAGAUUAAAGGAGCGAUUCCCCGCAGCCCGUGGCUCGAGUGGCCACAGACUCUUCAUCUCGGCGUUUAUGAUCGCCUCCAAGGUCAUUUGCGAUGACACUUACUCCAACAAGUCGUGGUGCAUCGUAGGCCAGAACCUCUAUACCCUCAAAGAGGUCAACCAGAUGGAGCGCGAAAUGUGCUCGUAUCUCGAGUGGAUCCUCCACGUCGAAGCCGCAGAGCUCGAGGCGUUUACCCAGCGCGUCAAAAAGGAGUACGGACCCGAGUGCGGACCUGUUCCUCCAGCAUGGGUCUCGUCUCCUGUUGCUGCAACCGCCCCUGCGACCUCUGUCGCUGCCCCGCUGGCCUCGCCAGUCGAGUCGACCGCCCGCUCCCAGGCAGUCGCUCCAAGCCAAUCCUACCCAUCUCCUCGCUCCUCUCCACCAACUCCUUCGCAUUCGAAUACCGCCUCCCCGCUACCUCUGACGAAUGCCUCACCCCGCCAUCCGGCGAUGAUCAAGCGGCCAUUGCCGUUCCAUCCGUCGGACCGGCAGACAAUUGCAGAUCCGUCGUUUGCGUUUGCCAGUCGCACCGUCUGGUAG